GGCCACACUAACCGUUCCGUAAAUGCAGUGUUAUCAUAUAGUUUUAUCAAAAACUGUGUAUUACAAGUUAUUGUUUUCAUUCUAUCAGUCAGUUAAAACCAUAGGUACGCCAUAAACUGUCAAGGUUGUAAUUUUAGGUUAUAAUUCGGGACUUUCCGGUAACUUCAUGGACGAGGACGAACUAAAUGAUGAUAUUUUGCGACUCCAUGGUUACACAUCUGAGGAGGACAGUGAUGAUGGGGGAAAAACCGAACUCGAUGAUUUCUAUUAUUACCACAAGCCCCCACCGAUUGAUAUUGACCCAAACAAACACAACAUAAUCACAACUGGAGUCACAAAAAUACCAAAAAAUCAAUUGAGAAGAUUAAGGAAGAAGUUCGCUAAUGUUGAGAACAAUACCGAUAAAAGUGAAGUUGGCACCACUGAUUUACAAUUGAAUGAAGCUAGUAAUUUAACCGAAAAUCACACACCACAAUUACUGUCAAAAAGUCAGAAAAAACGAUUGAGAAGGAAGAAAAAAUUGGUGAAUGGUGCAGAUUGUGUCACACAACCGGAAGAAGAAGAAAAUCCUGAUGAUGGUGGCACGAAACGUAGCAUCCCAGAAGGUUGUUUCCUCAGUAUGUUAGACUGUUUAAAUACGUGCCCUUAUCUUAUCUAUUGUGACAAUUCCAACUCGAGAAAGUUUCUUUUGUUUAGGCAAAUGUACUUAAAUGGUGACAUUCCCAAUAAUUUGAGAGUAAAAAAUCGCAAAAAAAUUAAAUUAAUAAAACAAUCAGUUCUAAAACAUUAAUCAGAGUUUAGUUACCUGAAAACUGCCUUGCAAUAAAAUAAUUGUGAUAACUGUUGACUAGGUUACUUGUCAAAGUUUCCACUGACAUUUAAUGUCAAAAAUCAGGAUUGCCAUCUGAAGGACUUUAAUCACCGCCUAAUUUAUUUUUUAUUGGAUCGCACGGUAUUUACAUUUUUUUAAAUUUUCACACCGAGUAAUUAAAUGACUUUCAUUCUCAAGUUGGCGUCAAGUUUAAAAUCUUAGUCUGGCAACCUUGACUGUCAAAUUCAAACGUCAAACUUUUAUAGUCAAUUGUCAUUCGUUUCCGACGGGCAACUGCUGGCUUAGCCGUCGCCUGACACAUCCCGAUAUAACAAAUAUUUUUUUUUUGUAUACUGGACGUGUGUCGUUUUGUCUUAUAAUUAGAUAAUUUAGCUAAAAACACUUGAAUUCCAAAUAUUUUUUUUAAUUACAUUACAUUACAUUUUAAUUGAUUUAAUUGAAUUAAUUGCACCCUGAUAUCUCCAUUAUUCAAUGUUGCCAACAUGACUGACAACCAAUGAUUAAUUGGCAAAUUUAAAUUUCCCGCUUAUUUGAAUCAAAAUUUUUAAUUUUAUGACUCGAUUGAGUUAAAAAUUUAUUUUCUAACACCCGUACGCCAUGCAUUUAAACAAUGAAAUGCUUAUUACAGUCAUAAUUUUCCUUGUCAGCGAUUAAAGUCCGAAAUUGCAAAAAUGCAAUAUAUCAAAUUGUCAAAACUAGUUUAAACAAAAGAUUAGUGGUCAUAAAUCACUAAUUUCUAUAAAAGGGAUAACAAAGAGGAUAUUUUUUUUUGAUUACACGGUAGUAACAAUCUAAGAUCAGUGUUGCCAAUCUUAUGAAACUAAUU